AUGAAGUUUUCUCGCUCCAUCUUCUCCCAUUGGCGUUUCAUUCGUCCGUCUGGGAGAAACAUCUUCACUCACCAUUCGUUCGGCCAAACGCCCCAAAAGGAUUUUUCCUCUUAUCUCAACGCCGACAACCCCAUCUCCGCUCUUCUCCUUACACUCCGCGGCGGCAUCCCUCUUCGAGCCCAUGACUUUCCUUCCGUUCUGGCCGCGUGCUCCUCCUUCCCCAACCUCGGUCGCCAAGUCCACACUCUCAUGCUCAAGGCCGCCAUCCAUUCCCAACCCGUUCCCGCCACUGCCCUUCUUGAUAUGUACUCCAAAUGCGGCCAUGUCGAGGACGCGCUUUUAAUCUUUGAUGAAAUGCCCGUGAGGGAUGCCGUUGCCUGGAACGCCCUCAUCUCCUGCCUCGUCCGCCACGGCCUCACCUCCGAUGCAAUUGCGGCCUUCCACUCGAUGGUUGAUGACGGAAUCGUAUUCACCGGGCACACGUUGUGCGCUGUACUAAAAGCUUGUGCCUCCAUGCGUGCCCUUCGGCAGGGGAAGCAGAUCCAUUCUUGGGUAGUCGGCAAUGGUUAUAGUUCCGUCGUCAUGGGUACUGCACUGAUUGAUUUCUAUUCGAGUUUUGGGAUGAUCCAGGAUGCUAUGGAGGUCUUUACCAGAUUGAAUUGCCCGAAGGAUGUUGUGGUUUAUAAUGCUUUAGUUGGUGGAUGCAUCCAAAACCGGCAGUACAAAGAGGCAUUUACAAUGCUCAGAAAUAUGAGGCCAAAUGGGAUCACGUUGACCUCUGCUCUCUCUGCUUGUUCAGAGUUGUUGAAUUUGUCCUACGGGAAGCAAAUACAUUGUGUGAUGAUACGCCGUGGCUUUGGUUCAGAUGUUAUCUUGUGUAAUGCCCUUAUGGACUUGUAUGCAAAAUGUGGAGAAAUAACAGCUGCUCACUUGGUCUUUAAGUUGAUCACUGAAAAGAAUGUGGUUUCUUGGACUUGUAUAAUUGAUGCCUAUGGGAGUCAUGGACAUGGGACUGAAGCUUUAAAGUUGUUUAGGAUGAUGGAAGAACGAAAAUGUCGUGAUGUUACACCAAAUGCUGUGACAUUUCUCGCUGUACUUACGGCUUGUGCUCAUUCAGGUCUGGUGGAUGAGGGGCGGCUCUGCUUCUUUUCGAUGAGAGAUAAGUAUGACAUUGAUCCAGGUCCAGAGCAUUAUGCCUGUUUCAUUGACCUGCUGGGCCGGGCAGGGAGAAUAGAGGAAGCAUGGGAUCUUUAUUGUGGGCUGAGUGAAAGUGCUAAUAAGCUGACACCUGCUGUAUGUGUGGCUAUGCUGAAUGCUUGCAGAAUUAGUAUGGAUUUGGUGAAAGGGGAGCAUGUUGCAAAGCAUCUUCUGUAUCUGGACUCUGAUAAUCCUGGAAGUUAUGUCUUGGUUUCAAACUUUUACGCAGCUGUUGGAAGGUGGGAAGGGGCAGAGGACUUGAGAAAGCAGAUGAGGGGCAAAGGGCUGAAAAAGGAGGUAGGUAGCAGCCAGAUUGCCGUCAAAGGUUGCAGCUGAGAUAUUGUGUUCAACUGGCUAGUUUCUCAGUUUAAAGAGAAUCUCACAAAUUUGAAAGGGAAUUUCUCAUCGCAACAUCAGAACAUUUCAGAAGCUGCAAUAUACGUUGUAAUACCUCCGGACAGAUGCGGGUGGCAGUGGUUAAUGUCAGGACAUCAGAAUUGAAUGGGAACUUCGAAGCAGCAUGUACAUUUGAAAAUUGGUCAUUUUGUAAGCAAUGUAGCUGAUGGAGGCAUCUGAAAAAUUAGAACUUAAAUCCUUUUGGAAUCUGUAGAGACUCCAUGAUUCUCUGUGGCAUUUGAGAUGACAUUUGGACUACCAAUUAGAUGGGUUCGCUGGAAUUGUAAUGAAUUAUGCUCCAGUUGGCAGGGUCAAAGCUGCAGUGCUGCUGCAUUUGCAGGUAUUGGUUCAAAGUUCCAAGUCCUGUUGGACACCUUAGACUGGUCCCUGUCUUGGGACAAGCCUUGAUUCUUGGAGGUGAAGUUGAAGCAGAUUGGAUGAGAACAGUGUCACAAGUUUUGCUUGCAUACAACCCAUACCUCAUUGCCUUCCUAAUUACACAUAAUCCGUGAUGUGCUUGCAGUGAUUGAGAAAGGAGUGACAAAAGAUGUUAUAAUAAACACCAAUGAGAUCUUUGUAUCAGGUAAGUGAGGCAGCAACAAAUUCUGUGAACAUGGUGUGUACUCGAGCCAGGCAUCAUUGUAUCCAGCCUAAAAUGCUUCUCAAAUAGAAUCCACAAGAAAAUUUUUCUUAAUGAAUUUAGUAUGUGAUCAUAUAUUGACUUCCAUUAAAAGUCCAGCUAGCAUGGUUCUUGUACAUCUACCAUUUACUUUAUAGCAUGAUUACUAAUGUCUUCAGGUCUUAAGACCACUUACCAGCUCUGCAUGUAGAAGUUGCAUCUUAGAUGAAUGUUGUUGUUUCAGGAAGUUCACUGUUGAUGUAUAUGAUUCAGUGUAAAAGCGAACCAAUGAUGAUUUUAACCUUAAGCAACCCCUUGCU